UAGCUCGCUACAGUAACGUUAACGUUAGAGCAUGAUGGUGAUGGAGACCCCCUUCCAGAACGUCGCAGAUAGCCGUUACCUGUCGAUGUCUCCAGAAGGUAUCGCUCCAUUUGUGGGAAAGUCAGUUCAGGAGUGAAGGCUCUCUCAAUCUGCUCGCCCGUCAAACAACUUCGCGGAGAACGAUCGGAUUUUUAUUCAGAUAAUCCAUAACUAGGCCUACUUGCCAAAUGUCCUCUCCAGAGAUAGCGUCCCUUUCUUGGGGACACAUGAAGGUAAAGGGCUGCUCCACAGGCUACAAAGACUGCAAAGUAUGGCCUGGAGGAAGCCGUGCAUGGGACUGGAGAGAGACUGGGACAGAUCACUCCCCCGGUGUCCAACCCGCUGACCUGGAGGAGAUCCUGAAGAAGGGUGUGGAGACACUGGUGAUUGGCAGAGGCAUGAGUGAAGCACUGCAGGUGCCAUCAAGCACUCUGGACUAUGUGAGGCAGAAGGGGGUGGAUGUGAAAGUGUUCCAGACGGAGAAGGCUGUGAAGGAGUACAACAACCUGGCCGGGCAGGGGGCGAAGGUGGGAGGGGUUUUUCACUCCACCUGCUGAUUCACAUCACUUUAUAGCCCUGCUGCUUCUGCUGGUAACAUCGUCACAUCAGUGCAUGUGAUUUCCAUCUCAAUCUGAUGAACGAUUGACAAACUCUAUUUGGAGCUUUCUUUUCAGAAAAAUAGUUUUACACAGUAUUUGUUUAUUUGAGCAAUUAUAACAAAUAAAAAUCUAUUUUUGUGCUGA